CUUGGAAGAGUAGCUGUGAGGGAGCUAGAUAAGAUCCUUAAAGAUAAAGAUGUCUCUCUGGGAACCAAAAUCAAGAUAAUCCAGACUAUGGUAUUCCCCAUUACUAUGUAUGGAUCUGAAAGUUGGACGGUGAAAAAAGCUGACAGGAAGAAAAUUGAUUCAUUUGAAAUGUUGUGCUGGAGGAGAAUUUUGCUGAUACCACAGACGGCCAAAAAGACAAAUAAGUGGGUUCCAGAUCAAAUCAAGCCUGAAUUCUCCCCAGAAGCUAAAAGGACUACACUGAGGCUAUCAUACUUUGGUUACAUUAUGAGAAGACAAGAUUCUCUGGAAAAGUUAAUAGUGCUAGGAAAAAUUGAAGGUAGUAGGAAAAGAAGAAAACCUAAAACAAGAUGAUUUGACUCAAUAAAGGAAGCCACGUUCUCCAGCUUGCAAGAUCUGAGCAAACCACAGGAAGUUUGGAACAUCUUUCAUUCAUAGGGUUGCCAUGGGUCAGCGGUGACUUGAUGGCACAUAACACACACAGGCUAGUUGCUAAGGGUCCACCUGACAUCACGCCCUCAAAUGUGACAUCAUUGUUGUAUUUUUGCAUGACAUCCACAUCCUGCUGCACCCAAAGGAAAUUAAGGCAGCUCAGAAUAAAUCAAAUGAAAAUAAUUUACUCUGCCCAAUACUGGAAAAAAAAACUUUGCAACACAGAAAGGAUGGUUUUAAUCUCAGGAAAAACCUCCUCUGGUUGGUGGCAUUCAUCAUUCUUCCUGCCUCUAUUUUAUCCUCAGAACGAUCCUGUAAGACCCAGCUCCGGGGGCGCCCGCCGCCGCCGGGGGCACCUGCGGGUCUUGGUGGACAUGGACGGGGUGCUGGCGGAUUUCGAAGGAGGCUUCCUGAAGAAGUUUCGAGCCACCUAUCCGGACAAGCCUUACAUCUCCCUGGAGGAUCGCAGGGGCUUUUGGGUUUCGGAGCAGUAUGGACAGCUGGACCCGGAGCUGAGUGUAAAGGCCAUCAGCAUUUGGGAGUCAAAGAACUUCUUCGUGGACCUCGAUCCACUCCCAGGAGCUGUGGAAGCUGUGAAGCAGAUGGCAAAUUUAGAAGAGACCGACUUAUUCAUCUGCACGAGCCCCAUCAAGAAGUACCGCUAUUGCCCUUAUGAGAAGUACGCCUGGGUGGAGAAGCAUUUGGGCCAAGAAUUCCUGGAGCAGAUUGUCCUCACCCGAGACAAAACGGUGGUGUCUGGUGACCUGCUUAUUGAUGACAGACCUGAUAUCAUAGGAGCUGAGAGAAGCCCCAGCUGGGAACACAUUCUCUUCACAGCCUGCCACAACAAGCAUCUGGAGCUCUUCCCUCCUCACAGGAGGCUUCACUCGUGGGCUGAUGACUGGAAGGCUAUCCUGGACAGCAAGCGGAUCUUGUAGCACUGGGCACUUCCUUUCUUCAGUUUGGCUCACUGGGAUCCCUUGGCACUCUCAGUGAGGCCCUAGAACUAGACAUCAACCUCCCAGGCAGGAAACAGAUGGCUGUAUCUUCGGCUUUGGCUAGGGAGCAAGAAAUGAACUGUAGUCCCAAGACCUUAACCUGCAGCAAAAUUGGUCAAAGAGCUGUGGUAAAUGGAAGGAGCAGGAAUUCUGGGUCUCCAAGGACGUGGAUGUAGGUACCAUAUUGACAUCUUGUGCCUGGUCGUGUCUAAUUCAGUACCAUUAUAGUCCAUCAGGGUUUUCUGAGCACCUUUGAGCACUAUGUCUGGCUUCCGUAGUCAUGGUGAUUUUCCUUUAACUUUGUUCCCACUGGACAACUUGCAGUUGGCCUGAUAUUUUUUCUGAAAAGUAUGCUAAAAAGGACAAAACUCUCAGGAAGCCAUCACUUCUGAUCCCAAACUCCUAUCAGAAAUCCCAGAUGUCCAUGGCAAUUGGUGAUGGAUGAGAAAAGGGUCUGAAGCACUCUGUAUACUAUAAUUUCAGAUCUUUCAAGAUUCCUAGCAUUGAAACCAGGUUCCUAUUUUCCUCUCAUGGCUGGCCUUCUCAUGGUGGAGCCUAUAACCUCCCCCUAAAUCCUAGGUGAGAAAGAAGUCCUCUGGAAUAUUAAGUUGGCAUCAGCCUAUUUCUUAUGAGGAGAUAAACCUGUGUCUAGAUCACAUCCAGCCUCAAACAGCCAUGUAGUGAUGUGGUUACAGCAAGCAGUCCCCAACCUUGUUGAAUCUGAGAGCCCUUCUGGACUUUUGAAGGAGAACAGGCAAUGGGAACCACAACAAAAUGGCUGCCGUGGGAGCUGGCUGCCAUGACGGCUGGAUCCAAUCACAAAACGUUGAGAGGUUCCACAAAAUAUUAGGUGGUUCCAAGCCAAGCGUUAUCCUAUUACAGAGGCAGCUGUUUCCCCUUGGGUGCUCCCAGAAAACACAAAGGACUCUUUGGAAGCACCUCCCAUUCCAAUGAAGUAGAGGAAGCACAGGACUGGCUUUUUGCUUUGGGGAGGAAAAAGUGGGCAGCAGGAAACCCAUAGGUGGGCACCAUGAUGUCCAUGAACACCACACUGAGGAGCACUUGGUUAGCGUGUCAAACUAGGAAUUUGGAAACCCAAGUUCUAUUCCCCUCAGUGAGUACAUCUUGGUCCAACCAUUCUCUCCUUCUUGGCCUAAUCCAACUCAUAGGGCUGUUGUCAGUGUGGUGUUUUGACAACUGUGUUCCUUUAAUCCAAGCCAGCGUUUGAGUCUGCCAUAGUCCAGUCCAGGAUUUGGUGUGGGCAGGAAUAGGGGGAGGAAGGAAGUUAGAAAGAGGAAAAGAAUGGGAUUGAUUAAACUGUGCCUCUGUGGGAAACCAUUCUGCAUCGUUAUUCUUAAGUCUAGUGUUAAGGACACAACAGUGAGGAGAAACUGAAGAUGAUGCAAAUGACAUUUUGCCACCCUGUUCCUCCCUGGAGCAAAGUUUCUUAAACAGUAGAGAGACUGGAGGGGGGUCCCAUGACUGGAUGCUGUUCCAUAAAGAAAGAAUUUUUUUCACGUAAAAAACGAGAUGUCAUUGAGAAGCAUUCUAGCCUGACUUGCUAGUUUUCUUCUUGAAAGGAGGUUGGGCAAAGAAGUGUUUUUUUUUUUAAAGUAUGGAGGGACACAAACAUACAAGCCUCAAGCUCUUCAUCCUUAAGUGAUGCACACCAGACACAAGCUGGUUACCUCAUCCGCUCUUUGUGGGAACGAGGCAUUAGACUAGCGUCUGUGGAAAGUUUGUUUUCUAAAAUUCUUCACGUAGGGUCUCAGAGGACAGUGAAAAGCAGUUGCCUUCGGUCAUUGCCACCCCACACCUGCCAGUGGAAACCCAUCUUAGGAAGCCAUUGGCCCUCCAUGAGGCAGAAUUUAUAUGUUCUGAAUGAAAUCCAGACUAGAGCUUGAAUGGUAAUUUUCACACAUUUGAUAGGUGGGGGGAAAACUCCCCAAAAUCUGAAUUUGGCUUUCUGAAUUUUACAAUCAACAUGCUUAACUUAUUAAUUUAUAUUUAUUUCAAACAUCCAGAAACCUAUCUAUCAUUGAUCGCGUUGAGGGCAAGUUAAACUCAAAUUAGAAGAUGUAAAUUUGCAAAAAAAAACUGCCAUCAAAGUCAUGCUAGGAAAAUUUGAGAACUUUUAGCUUGUGGAUUCCUUUAUGUCUCUGACCUGGGCAUCAUCUUUAAAAUACUGCAUGUACGAUGGAUGAGAAGUAUAGUUCUGGGGCACAGUCAGCCCCACGUAAAGCGAAAAGCUGCAGUCUCUGCAAGCCCAGCCUAACCUGAUAAGAUAUUACCGGUGAUUUUGUGGACCCUUCAACACACGCAUCUAAUGUGUCAGAAGAUCUCAUGGGACAGAAUCCGUUUCGUCAGAUGCAUGAAUUGUCAUGCGCACUUGGCAGAGAUAUAUAAACACAUGCACAUACAGGAAUAAUGGACCCUUCACCCAUCUUCAAUUUGUGUGCUUAUUUUUCCGCCAACAGA